GGUAUGCGUUCUGUGGAAACUGGAAAGCAAACCAAUUUUUUGUGCUUGUUUUCGAUGUUCACAAAUUUAAUCUUUUACUAUUAAAUAGUUAUUUAUAAUUUACUCAUCUUUAUUAUAGUUUAACUAUUAAUUUUAUAACAAGUGUAGUGUUAAGAUGAUCAAAGCUAUAUUAGUCUUUAAUAACCAUGGAAAACCGAGAUUAUCAAAAUUCUAUCAGUAUUUCAACGAAGAUAUGCAACAACAGAUAAUAAAAGAGACGUUUCAGCUGGUAUCAAAGAGAGAUGACAAUGUCUGCAACUUCUUAGAGGGUGGAAGCCUUAUCGGGGGUUCAGACUACAAAUUGAUAUACAGGCAUUAUGCAACACUGUAUUUUGUGUUCUGUGUCGACUCGUCGGAGAGUGAACUCGGCAUUUUAGAUUUGAUUCAGGUAUUCGUCGAGACGUUGGACAAAUGUUUUGAAAAUGUCUGUGAGUUGGACUUGAUAUUUCACGCUGACGCCGCCCAUCAGGUGUUGGAUGAACUGGUUAUGGGCGGGAUGGUGUUACAGACGAACAUGGCGGAUAUAUUGUGCAGAUUGCACGAGCAGAAUAAGAUGCAAAAGGCCGAGGCGGGAAUCUCGGCGGCACCCGCCAGGGCUGUGUCAGCUGUUAAAAGCAUGAAUUUACCACAACAGUUGCGGGAUAUGAAAUUGCCAGAUCUACCCCAGGCCAUCAAGGAUUUGAAAUUCUGACCUAUGCAGCAGGCGUAUUCCAAAACGCCGGUUGCGUUAGCAACGAAUAUUUUAACAUCGAUCUACCCGCAAAACGACAAAUAUCAAAAUAUACAACAGGAUUUCAAAUUUUUCGGAUCGGAAACACUAAGUACCCGAUUUUCGGAGACGUUUUCUGAAAAUUAUCAACAGACGGAUGGACUACAUUUUCCCAACUAUGAAAGUAAUAAUUUGGGGUAUCAAGACUUAAGAGGAAGUUCGUUUGAGAAGAAGAAGAAGAAGAAAAAGAAAAGUAAACGUUAAUGUGGCAACUAUCCUCAUUUAGGUUCAUUAUAUUGAUUUAAUUCUCUUUAAGUUGUUGUACCUUCAUUCCAAGAUAAAAAUAAAUAUAGUUGAUUCCGAAAGUCUGACUUUCAAAACUUUUCGUGUUUUGAGCAAUGGGUUCAUUGCUUCCAUAUUAAACACACUACCCUACAUUUUUGUUGGCUAAUAUUGUGUGAAGUUUAAUGCGGGUACACAAAUAUUAUAAAUAUUUUCCACUACCCACAUUACAUUUUAAACUACAAGAGUAUAACACGAGUAGGUACUUAUUGGAUUUAAACUCGGAUUUAAAUUCGAGAACAACUUUUAACCAUCCAAAUGUUUGUUGAUAAAAAAAGGUCUACCUUCAAAUACGUUUAAAAAUUAUAUUUUAUGUGCAAGGUU